AUGAUUUCCAAUCAAACCAAAACGACGUCGCUCUACCGGGCUUCUCCGUCGGAAGCUUUUUUUUUUCUGCCAGCGGAGCAGCGACCUUUCCGCUGCGAUCGUGAAGCGCGUCUCCUCGCUCCGACAGUCCACAGAAGAGGACAACGACGGCGAGAGCGCGAGGUAACGAAGUUCAACCUCUCCGACGUGAAGGUCGUGGUGACGACGAAGCGGGAGGAGGAAGAGGCGUCGUUGAGAGGACACAUCAGCUUCUUCUCGCGGUCCGAUUGUAGAGACUGCACUGCGGUGCGGAGGUUCUGA